GCCCCGCCCGGCCGCAUCCAGAGGAAUCUCCUGGCUGAUUCGCUUAGCCACGAGGAGGCUGCUUUUGUUUUCCGGGUGCCUGCCUCGUCCUUCAAGGCCGGCCCUGCCCGCGUGCACGAUGCUUUUUCAAGCUUGGCUAUGGGCGACUGUGCAGCCUGUGAAGUGGCCCAGUGCGCGCACUUAGGUGUCUGCCUCCGCGGCGGGGCUGUGCAUCCAGGAGAACUCCUUGUUCAUGCCGCUGCUCCCCCGAGGGGCCUGCUGAGCAUCGGUCUGGUGAUCGACGAUCUGAUUUUCUUGGAAAAGGCCUUGGCUAGUCGUGUCGGCGAGGGCCUGGGCAAAGGAGGGCCUUCUCUUGGCCGGCGCCGUCUCGACGCGGCCCUGGAAGCCUAUCGCCGGGCGCUGACUACUGCCCAGCUCUUGGAGAGCUUGGUGGGCUCGUGGCUGUCGGUCUUCCUGCUGCGGAGGCGGCUGCUCGCGAGCAUGGUUCAUGUCUUCUCUGCUGUGCGAGGGCUCGGCCCCAACGAUAUCAUUCGGCUCUCUCCCGAGCUGGCCGCCGAGCUCAGCUCUUUCAUGCUGCUCGGGUCGCCCGAGAAGGUGUGA